CACACUUUGCUGGGUUCACCUCCUUCAGAUGCACAGGGAGGGAACAGAGAGCAUAUAGCACCCUUUCUGAAACAGCCCUUUGCCUGCCCCCCCAAAGGGAGGAUGCUGAGAAGAGGAGGCUGCCUUUAGCAGAAGGGGGUGCAGAAGUGAUUUGUAGUUGGAGAAGUGUCUCUUGGCUCCUUUGUUAGGGGAUCAUGCUUUGGCUGUGCGUCCUUCUGUCAGUUUACUCACUCUCAGAGGGGACAGACAGAAUCUGGGACCCCUUACUCAAAGCAGGUCCUGCCGCCCUUAAGCAAAGAAGAUGGGACAGUCACUUUAUGAGAUCACAGCGUGACAUCAAGGGGCACAAUGGCACCCGCGUCAGUCAGGACAUGGGAGGUGACAGCCUGUCUAUUGACACCCUGCCGGAUAACCAGACCCAAGUCGUAGAGGACAGUUACAAUUACUACACAUCGAGGGUGUUCGGCCCCUCGGAACAUCGUGCAAUGGAGCUGUGGGUUGAUUUACUGCAGGAGAAGGGCAGUAAGGCGAGAGUGCACAGCAUCCUCUCCAACACACACAGGCAAGCUUCGAGACUGAUCCUAUCAUUCGACUUCCCAUUCUAUGGACAUCCGUUGCGUCACGUGACAGUAGCAACUGGCGGGUUUAUUUUCAUGGGGGAUGUCCUUCAUCGCAUGCUAACAGCAACGCAGUACGUAGCGCCACUAAUGGCAAACUUUAACCCCAGUUACUCCACGAAUUCUACAAUCAGCUACAGAGACAACGGCACAUCUUUCAUUGUCCAAUGGGACAAGGUCCCUCUACAUGAGAAGGAAGAUGCCGGAGGAUUCACAUUCCAGACCGCCCUGCACAAAGAUGGACGUAUUGUGUUUGGGUACAAAGAGAUCCCUCUGCCAGUCCAAGAUAUUAGCUCCGCUCAGCACCCUGUGAAAGCUGGACUUUCUGAUGCUUUUAUGGUGCUGAACAGUGGCCCGGAAGUUCCAGAAUCCAGAAGAAGAUCCAUUUACGAGUAUCACAAGGUGCAGCUGGACCUUAGCAGGAUCCGUAGCCAGACAGCUGUGGAAUUCAUCCCUUUGCCAACCUGCCUGCAGCAGACCUCUUGUGAGCAAUGUGUCAGCUCUGUACCGCGCUUCAACUGCAGCUGGUGCCAUGUAUUAAACAGAUGUUCUAGUGGAUUUGACCGGUACCGACAGGACUGGCUCACAUACGGCUGUGCUCAGCAGUCCCAGUCUACAUCGUGCGAGGCAUUUACUGACCCUUAUACUCCGACCAAUGCCUCCCUUCCACCCACCUCCAAGGAAGGGGACCAGUGGACUCCAACACCGUCUGGGUUUUCUGAGGUUCUCACCACUGAAGAUGACACUAAAUUGACUCCGUAUGUAGAAGGGGAGAUCCCCACCCAGACUGCACCCACAGUACAUUCAGGGACCAUUGUGGGUAUUGUACUGGCAGUGCUGCUCAUCGCUGUUAUCAUUCUGGCUGUCAUUUACAUCAGCCGUCACUCAGGCAAACAAGGGCGUCGUUGCUGUGCCCAGGUGAGAACAACUUGGCAAUGGAAGACUCUUCCGAGACACAAAGGGGAGUAUCGUCCCCACCAGUGGGCAACAAUGAAGUUCCAAAAUCACAGCCCGGCUAUAUAUAGGGAGGUGGAACCCUCGCCAGGACUGGAGAAGGACAACUUUAUGGAAACAGAGCCAUAAGAGGAUUGAAACUGUGUACAGGAUGGGAGGCAGGUCCACCCACUAAGGGAAUCUCACCAAAUCCCUGCAGUGAGCCCAACUACACACACACACAGACCCAAUAUUCCGUAUAUCAUGGGCCACACUCAGGCUUGGACUGUUCCACUUCCCAUUUCCACUGGAGGAAAAUUGAGGUGAACUUUGGAACUACGGAGAGUUUCAGUCAACCUUCAGUGAUCUGAGGACAUUACAAGUACACGUCUGUAAAAAGUCAACAUUAAACCUGCAUAUUAUUCUACACCAUGUAAGAACCACAAUCUCCCACACUUCGACAACCGUUCUACAAAGUAGCAUUCAUCGGCAAGUACGUUCAUCAGCAAAUACAUAGCAGCUCCAUGAACUGCGAGGCCAGAAGGCAUUGUAUUUCAUCAAUAUGGACCUACAAAACAUAUUCCUAAGCGAUGAGGGCAGUUCAGCUUCAUGGGGAUGGCGAGUGUCAUACCUAAGCAUUAGUGGCUUGAGGGCAGGGCCGCCAUCAAAAAACAAAUUAUUUAUAUGGGGCCCCCCAUGAAUACAAGCACACAGUACCAACAUUUUGGCCACUCCCGUUGUGUUUGCAAUAAAAACAGCUGAUGUUACUUUAUAACAUACAGUUCAUAUAAAUCAUUCCAUUGUUUAA